GCGACGGCGCCGCCCGCGCCACGACGGACAACCUGUCUUCCGCGGAGGCGCUCCGCUCGGAGGACAUCGACAAGAUCACCUCCUCUGUCUUCCGGGGCCUGCGCUGCGAUGAGGAGUCUUCCAGUGAGCACCGCAUGCCGCAGGAGGUGCCGGAGCACAAGCUGCUGCAGGAGGGCUCCUCUGGGUCGGCGCAGACGGGUUUCCUCGAAGGUGCCAAGGAGCUCGCGAAGAUGCUCCACGACUCGCUGGAGCCGGGCACCACCCAGAGCCCCCCGACCGAGCCGGAGGUCGCCGAGACGACCAGCCACGCCCCUCCCGCGCAGGAGGCGGCGGCCGGCCCCUGCAAGGGCGAGCGGCGC